CUAGCCGGUGACGUCACGACAGACUGGUUGCGCUGUCACUGCGUGUCAGGGGAGCAGACAUGGCGGAGAAACCGGUGACCGAGCUGGUCGGCCUGACCGACGAGGCGGCCUACAGCGCCUGCAGCGACCCGGAUCCCACCACCAAGGACUUCAUGCUGCAGCAGACGAUGCUCCGGAUAAAAGAUCCCAAGAAAUCACUGGAGUUUUAUACCAAAGUCCUCGGAAUGACUCUCCUGCAGAAAUUUGAUUUCCCCUCCAUGAAAUUCUCUUUAUACUUCAUGGGCUUUGAGGAUAAGAAGGAUAUCCCCUCCGACGUGAAGGAGAGGACGGCGUGGACGUUCUCCCGCAAAGCGACUCUGGAGCUCACGCACAACUGGGGAACUGAGAAUGAUGAGAAGCCGUACCACAACGGCAACUCGGACCCCCGCGGGUACGGUCACAUCGGCAUCGCGGUCCCGGACGUGUACGCGGCGUGUAAGAGGUUCGAGGAACUGGGAGUGACGUUUGUAAAGAAGCCGGAUGACGGGAAGAUGAAAGGCUUGGCGUUCGUUCAGGAUCCCGACGGCUACUGGAUUGAGAUUCUGAGCCCAAACAACAUGCUUUCUAUCAUUUAAUUGCAAGCUCCGGGCCGGGCCUGACCGAGGGCAUCGUCCUGCAGGGAACGUCGUUGGUCAACCGGGGGAUUAUUUGGGAGAUUUUCAAGAAGAGCGAAGAGAUUAUUCAUUUGAACGAAGCCCAUAAUCUGUGCGAAUUUGGUGAAACGAGCGACGUUUGUUUUCUGUUUAAUGAGAAAAAUCAGCGCAGGAAUAAAAAAACGGUUUUUGGCUUCUC